UAAUAGAGUAUGAUUAAUCUGAAUGUAUGUAAGUAAAAUAUGGUAUUUAUUUAAACAAGUGGGGGUGGUUUUUAUGAUUAUAAAUAAGGAUUUAAUGGUUUUGAAAAUUCAAUAAAGAAUGGAAUGUGGAUUGAGUUGAAUGAUUGGUUUUCUAGGUAAUAUAUGGGUUUUUUUAUAUUUAAAAUUAGUUAUCGUCAAGUUAUUCAUAAAGGGAUAUAUUAGGAUGGUCUCAAAAUUGGCAGAUGGGAUAUGUUAUUUAGGGAUAAUUUUGAUUUUUAUUAGAUGUAUAUAUGAAUAGUCAUAAAUUUAAAAAAGUGGGGGUGGAGUAUAUGAUAAAUAGAUUGGAGAUGAUGAUGCUUAUUUUACAACAAAAACAGGAAUGUGGAUUGAAUUAUAUGAUGAGUUUAAUCGGUAUGUGUUUUAGAGAUUUAUUUUAUUAUUAGUCAUAAUUAAAUAAUUUUUAGAGGAGAAUAUUAAAAUUAAAAAAAAGUUGGUGUGUGGGAAAAAAUAGAUUUAGAUAAAGGAAGGACAAUGUAAUAUUGAAAUAAUUAUUAGCGAUGAAAUGAAUUACUAUUAUUGA